AUCAAUCGCAGAUUCAGCUGUCCGGAGUUCAUGUCUGUCCUGUCUGUAGAAACCAUUGAUGUAAUCGAAGAUUUUCUCAACAUAAAUCCAGAGGACCGUCUAGGGGCAAGUGAAUAUGACGCAGAAGAUGUAAAGUGGAAUCCAUUCUUUCAAGAGAUAGACUGGGAUGAAUUAUUAGCUAAGAAUGUGAAGCCCCCCUUUAUACCAACCAUCGAUGGAAUUGAAGAUGUUAGGAAUUUCGAUGAGUAUACCUCAGAAGAUCCCAUCUUAACACCUCCAAAAGGGACAAAGGAACUUACAGAAAAAGAGCAGGAAGAAUUCAAGGACUUUGACUGGAUUGCGAAUUGGUCCUAA